CUCGGUAAACCAGAUGCACAACUCACGGAAGAGACUCUUACACUAGGCCUGGAUGAAAGGCAAGCCGAAGAUGAUAGAUUACAGGCACUUGAUUAUCUCAACAUGCUAAUUCAAAAUAUCGAUAAUACGAAUGGUGAUUAUACUCCCGAUUGAUGCGCGAUCUCACAAAUGGUACGACACAGGCUUGAAGAAACUAGGGCUAUGAAACCCCUACACAACCUCCUCCUAGUAUCCAGUAUGAACGACACUCCCGAAAUGCAAACUCUUCGGAUAAUCGGAACCGCGCUAUGAAACAUCCCAGCUGCUCAGCUCGCCGUGAGUCCUCUUUCAAUGCAUCCUCUUCCUACCAUGUAUCCAAUCUACAUCCAAUUUCGCAUGGCCUCGAUUCAAUUCACCCUAACUAACUGUACUUUGUGGUCAUAUUCUGUUUUAUAUCAGUAUCUCGACCUCGACCCACUCCCCACACUCCUCCUCAAAUCCCUCUCCCCCUCUUCAAACUCCGCCGAAACCCGCUCACAAGCCCUAUACGCGCUUUCUGGUCUACUGAAACUGAACGCCGCUGCUGUGCAAAUGAUUGGUAUGGUGGGUGGAUGGAGCGCAUUGAUGAUUUGUCUGGAAUACUCGGAAAUUUGCGUCCGCAAACAAACAACGUUCCUGCUCAACACACUCCUCCCAACCUCCUCCUCUCAAGUUAACCUCCAACCAAACAUAAGCCUCUCAACCUCGUAAACCGCACCACCCCCAAUCCACGCGAAUUCCCAUGCCUCGAUGUUCUCUGAUCCGUCGUCCGUCUC